GGUCAGCUUCACAUCACUAGUAAUUUUACUCAUUCCACUUUCAACUCCCACCCAAGAAGAUACCAGCUACGAAAAUUUUUUCACUCUCAAAAAUCCGAAACGAGAAACGUCAGAAACGUACCAAACUUCGUUCGGGGAACAAUCGAAGUGCCGAAAAUAUUAAACUCAACAAUAAUUCAAGUUGAAAUAGGUUAUAUUUAACCUCGAAAAAGAAUCAAUCGUGAGUUGAAAUGAAUUUUAUGGGAUAAAUUUAUUUUUAAAAUUAAUAAAAUAUCUGGUGUUUACUGUGUCAAUGAUAAAUUAAUAACUAAUGGAUCAAGAUAAAUCGUGACAUAAAUAAAACGAGUGAUAUUUUUUGAGUAAUUAAAUUUUUUUAAUCAAAAACAUGAUCGAAGUAAACGGGUUGAGUUUCAUAAUUUUUUUUUUGCAAUCGCUCAAGGACAAGAGAAACUUUGAUAAUAUUUCUUGAAACUAUGGAACAAAUCCUGCAGCCUUACUUACUAAAUAAUCAUCAGUCUGUAAUUUACAAAUUUUUAAUAUUUACAAGUGCCUAUUUUAAAAUAUAAAUUAUGGUAUAGCUUAAUUAUAAUUUUAUAAAUUUAAAAACGAUAACAAAAGUUAUUUAAAAAUUUUAAAUUAUAAAUUAUAUUACAUUUAUAAAACAUAAAGAUGUUUUUUUAUAUUCGUAAUCGAAGUGUGAGAAUAAUCAUACUUGGGUUUGUCAUACUCAGUAUUUACAUGUAUUAUCGUACGACUGUAGAUUCCUACAAUAAUUUCAUCGAAUUCGUAAAUACAAGUAAUUUACCUGCAAAUCAUGACUCACAAUUCGAAAAUGUAACUGUGGAAUUUUCCUUAAUUUUAUUACAAAAAAACACAAGCUCCGAACAAUCAAUUACAAAUUCAAGUAUAGGACACAACUUAAAUAACCAAUCUAUCUCAACAUCUGCAUCACCUCAAUCUAUAUUAUCAAUAAAUAAUUCAACUAACUUGCAAUUAAAUAAUAGUAAUCUAACUAUACAAGAUUUACCAUUAAAAAUAGUAACAAAUUCCAGUCUCGCAAUUCUAGUGCAUAAUAAUAGUGCACGUGCUAUAUAUCAAGCUGGCCAUGACGUAGCGGUGCCUGAAAAAUGUCCAACUAAUGGUAAAGAUAUGAAUCUAGUCAUAGUAGUUACAUCUGCACCAUCUCAUAUUGAAGCAAGAACGGCUAUCAGACAAACAUGGGGACAUUUUGGUCAGCGAACUGACGUCAGUAUUGUAUUUAUUCUUGGAACAACAAAAGAUAAUAAAUUAGAAAAACUUAUUAAGUAUGAAGAAAAAAUUUAUGCCGAUAUCAUACGAGGCAGAUUUAUUGAUUCCUAUAAUAAUUUAACUCUGAAAACUAUAUCAACUCUAGAAUGGAAAAAUAAAUUCUGCUCAGACGCUAAAUUUUUACUCAAAACAGAUGAUGACAUGUUUAUAAAUGUACCGCGAUUGUUAUCAUUUAUAAAGCAGCACGAAAAAGAGACGAAUGUAAUUUAUGGGAGAUUGGCGAAAAAUUGGAAACCAAUUAGAAAUAAAAAAAGUAAAUAUUAUGUAUCACUAGAACAAUUUAAACAAAAACUGUUUCCAGAUUUUACAACAGGACCAGCGUAUUUAUUGUCAAAAGAUGUAAUUCAUAAACUUUACGAAGCUGCGUUAGAUCAAACUUAUUUAAAACUUGAGGAUGUAUUCACUACUGGUAUCGUUGCUCAUAAAAUCGGUAUCAGGCGCAUUCACGUAAGCGAGUUUUUAAAUAAAAAAAUUUCAUAUAAUCCGUGUAAUGUUCAACGGGGAAUAAGUAUACACAUGGUAAAAUAUGGCGAACAAUUUGAUCUCUGGAAAAAAUUAUUAGACGGCAAAAGUAAGUGUAAGUUAUAAAUAAAAAACAAACACUAUUUUAUAUCAUGACCAAUAAUGUUUUCAACUGUAAAAAAUUUUUGAUGUGAAAAUAGUCCUCGAAGACUUUGUCCUCGGUGUGAAUUAACGGUGUGAAAUAUCAUGUGGUGUACAUUUAAAGUGGAUGAGCGUUAUCUUUCAUACCAUUCAGUUUUAUUAGUUUAAAUCUCUUACAUUGUCUAAUCAUACACUGAUAAAUUAUUCUUGUUUAAAAUUCUGUGGUGUCAUAGUAAUGCCGGACCAAAUUGGCCACUUAUGGAUAAUUGAAAUGAACACAUGCAGAAAUUACUAUGACCAUAGUAAAAUUUCAAAUGGUUACAGCAAUUUGUGAUAUAAUCGUCGUUGAUUUUACUAUGACCAUAGUAAUUUUUGUUUGUGUUCAUUUCAGUUUCCGACAGGUGGCCAAUUCGGUCCGGCAUUACUAUAACACCACAGCAUUUUAAACAAGAAUAAUUUAUCCGUGUGUGAUCUGUAGCUAAAAAUGACCCAAUAACUAUUUUUAAUAUUUAGAUUUAUUAAUUUAACAUUAACUUCUAAAAUAAUUAAUUAACUUUCUAUGAUAAUAAUUAAAGAAAAAUACAAUGAAUAACUGAACCACUAAAAAAAUAUAAUGUCAAGUAUUUUCGAUCGAAAAAAUUACUCAUUACAAGUAACAUUGUAUUCAUUAAUCAAAAUUGAAUUAAUUACAAACUAACAAUUUUUCUAUAUCGCAUUAUUAAUUCCGAAAAGACAUAUUUUUAUCCGCCUUUUUAGCUUUGGGAAACUCUAGGGCCAAAAGGGUGUGUAAUUGUUUUUUAAUUGCUAAUCAUAUUGUAGACUUAUUCUAAAGCUGCAAAUUUGGAAAAAAAAAAAUUGAAAACCAAAAAGGCGUAUAAUUUAAGCGAAAUGCCCUUUAAACUUAAAAAAUGUUUUUUUUUUUUUUUUAAUUUUUAGCUAUAAAAUAAGUAUGCAAAACGAAUGUCAAUAAAAAAAAUGAUACAAAAAAAAUUAUUAAAUUUAGUGAUCAAAGUCAAAAGCGCGUAUAAAAAUAUAACGACGUUCUAAUUAGCAAAUGGUGUGACUCUAUUUCAGAAAAUCCUCCAUUUAUGCGAGAAAAAGUAAUUUAAAAAUUUUUUUUCAUCUAAAAAUCAAUUCCAUUUUUAGUAUAUGCAUAAUAUUUUUGUCUAGGUUACUCAAAUAAUAUUUUCUCUGACUAUUACUAUCUGAAAACUGCACAGAAUCACCUAAUGAAAAAUAUUAAGUUAGACAAUUUGCUAAUUAGAACAUCGAUAAGUCCUUUUGGAAUUAGUAACACGAUAUAAAUCUUUGCUAUUGAUAUUUGUACGGCCUUGUAAGGUAUUUUAUGGUUCGAAGUUGAUAAAUUAACGAUUCUAUUAACAUUAGUAUUUUUAUUUGAGAUGAUAUUAAUUCAAAAUUAAAACCUAGAAUAGAAAUUUUUAUAAAAAUAAUUUUUUUAUCAUAUCGUCCAAAUUAAAAUUUAUUUUAAUUAUUUUGUUUUUCAUUGUGUCUAUCAAAAUAAAAUUUUUACACCAAAUCAUUCACACCAUACGAUAGACUCUGAAUUUUUUACAGUGAAUAACUACUUAAUUAAUUUCAUAAAUUAUUAUUAUUAAUGGAUAUAAAUUUUUUUUUGUAUAUAUCUAUUUGAAAUUGAAUUAAUGCUUAAUGAUAAUGAAAGCUUGUAUGGAUAAUUAUUUAUUGUUUCGAAAUGGAAUUAUAUUUUAUGAUAAUAAUUAUUUAUAAGCCGUAACCACUGAAAGAAUAACGAAAUUUCCGAGAUUAAUUUAAUAAUAUUUUUCUUAAAAGUUUAUUUACCUACUUUAUACUUUCACGUUUGUUUCGAAACAUAAAAUUUCAUAAUUUUUACAAGAUAGAUUAUAGUUUGAAGUAUUGUUAAGUAUUGCCAUAUUUAUUUAUUUAAUUGGAUAUGUAGAAAAUUUAUGAAUUAAAUUAAAAUAAAUUAAAAGCUGAAGAAUUUAGUCUAGAAGCAAAAAAUGACAAAAAAUAAGUAGAAGCAUAAUUUCCAUGACUUGCGUCAGCUGAUGACGAUGUUUUUGAUUGUAUAGAUAAGCUACUUCUUAGUUAAUUGAAAAAUUUUAUAUUCAAGUUUAUAAUUACAAAGUUUAUAGUAUUCAAUAAAACAUUGACUGGCAGGUUUUGUCGAACAAUAUUUAGAUUAAAAUAAAUGGUCAUAGUCGAUUACCCGUCAUAAGCCUGGUCUAAGAGACGUAGGGAAAAUUUUUCUUGAAAUUUCAGUUUCCUCACUACCGUGCGUUUAGUUUUGUUUUCAACUACUCAUUAUAAGCCUCUUUUAUUUUACAUGAUUUUAAACGUCACAUUUACGUUUUGUCACAAUUCCACUGCCGAUUUUUCUGUUGCCUACGAUGCUAAAAUAAAUACUUAUUUCUUUAAACUAGUAAUAACUACAAUACAAAUAAUUCUAAUGAUAACGGUAUUAAUUACAGUAAAAAUAAUAAUAAUUUUAGUGAUUAAGAUAAUGCUCAAUAAAAUUUUUCAAUUGUAACCUAAGCUUUGAAUGAAAUUCAUGAUUACAAUUAUGAAAAAUAAAUUAUAUUUUACUUAAAAUUGAUUGAAUUAUGCUCUGCAAAAAAUAGAUACAGUCGGAUUCCAUCAACUCGGAACUUCCCCUCAAUCUUGACCCCCACUAUGAACUACGCUGUCACCUACCUGAUGCUAUACAUUUUUAUGUCUGUAUAUUUAUAUAUAAAUCGUACAUGUGAUACAAGAGUGCAUGCGUGUAAUUUACUCUUUAAAGGAGAAGUGGCAUUCGAUAAGUCGAAAUUUCCAGGAAAUUCCCAAGCCUCUGUAGAGUCACUGUCCGAGUUAAUAGAAUUUGACUGUAGUGAAUUUUCAUCAUCAAUUUUUCUAUUUUUUCCUAUUGUUAGUUUAUAAUUUUAACGAAGACUUAUAACGGGUUGUUAGCUAAGAGAUUAAAAAAAGUGGUAGAGUAGGGGAAGCUGUUUCGAAUCAGUAACUGCCGAUUGAGAGAAAGAGACUUAUUAAGGGCAGGCUUAUAACGGGUAGUCGACUAUAUUAUUAUUACAUACGAUCCAUCAGUUUUCGAUUGCUUAGUUUUACUAUUUAAUAAGACGAAAAGACAUAUUUAAAAUCCAUUAAAAGAACUAAAUUUAUCAGUUAUUCUCGAAAAAAAAAAGUUAAAAAUUUUUUAAUAAAAAAAAAAACUGUAAAGGUGAAAAGCUAUACUGUUUGUAUUAAAUAAAUCGAGUAAUCUCGAUUUAAAAUAUUUUUUAUGAUCUGUUGAUACUGUGAUAAAUAAUUUACUUAAAUUACUGAAAAUAGUGUUUAGUAUAACGUUUUAUUUUAUUCUCAACUAAGUCUUAUUGAUUAAAAAAUUUUUUUAAAACUUUCAUUGUAAUUUAAUCUAACGAUAGAAAUCAGAAAGUUGCUUAACUUAAAUAUGUUUAAAACAUUUAAUAUUUUUUAACACUUAUUGUUAUAAUGACUUAUUUAAUUAGUAUGAUAAUACCAACUACGGAGAAUUACAUUUUUUAGUCAUUAAUAUUUUAUGAAAGAUAAUUUGUACGUCACAUCGAGAUAAUGUAAUGAAUAUGUAAAAUAGUUAUGAUUUCAACACGAAAUAAUGUUACAAGUUUUAUACUUUUUUUUUUGUUUUUAGUCAGUUAGAAAUAUAUUGGAAAAUUUUUUUCUCUAUUUAAAAAAAAUCCAUUCGUAUUUUUAUCCCGGCAUUUAGACGAUGUUACCAAAAUGAUUUGUGCCUACAUUUAUCAUAGAAAUAUUAGGUAACUAAUAAUAAAUAUAUGUCAAUAUAUCACAGUAAAAAAAGAUUCAUUAAAAUGUGAAAAAAACGUGUGUUAAAUAUUUAAGUGCUGAAUUUGCAACACUUUUGUGUGUUAAUUCAUCACACUUAUCAUUUUGUAUGACUAAUUUUAGUCUAUUGAUUUUUUAACACACAAAAAUGUUAUUUCAUACUAAUACAACCCUUUUUAAAUGCUAUUGUCAAAUCAAUACACAAUAUUUGUUUAAAAUACUCUGAGCUAUCCCAGAAAAAUUCUUGAAAAAAUUAAAAGUAAAAACGACACCUUAAAUGAAAUUUGUUAACAUAUAAUUUGUCGGGAUGUGAGAAUUCAAUAAGAUUUAAUCAUUCGGAAAUUUUCGAAUUAUUUGUAUUUUCUCCAUAGCUCGAUUCAAAUACAGAAAAUUUUAAUCAGUUCUUCAAAAUUCAAUUUUUAUUUAAUAGAGAGCUUAAUUUUUUUUAAGUAACCAAAAAUAAAUUUUUUGUAGAUUUGAUCUGAGCUCUAUUUACCUCUCAAAAAUUUAAAUUAUCAGAAAAAAUAUUAUAAUUUUAAGUCGGUUAACAGAAAAUUUUGGAAUUAUUCAAAAUUUCAAAUAACUCGGAUGAUAACUUACAAAUAAUUCAGCAAGUUUUGAAUCAUCCGGAAAUUUACGAACAAUACGAAGAUUUUUGAAUUAUUCGAUUCGAAGCUCGAAUAUGUUAAGUCAAGAAUUUUCAAAUGUUGGAAAAAAUAUUUAAGUGUGUAAAAAUUUAUAGUUAGAUCGUCGAUAAUUUUACCAUUAAUGUGUGCAACUUUUUCUACACAAACGACGUAUGUAAAGUAACAUUAAUGUGUUCGUUUUACGCACGAUUAGUAUUAAAUUUGACGAAUCUUUUUUUACUGUGUAGUUACGAUUGAACGAUUGAAGAAAUGAAUUUCGUUUUUGAAACUAUUUUUAUCUAUGCUGUUGAAUACAAUAUAUAAAAAACUUAUUAUUAUUUCCUGAUUUUAUCAUAUACUUUGCUUGUAUAGUUUUUUUUCAUAUAUUAUUAUUUCCUUGCGUAAUUAUUUUCAUAAAUAAAUUAAGUAAAAAAAAACUAAAGAAAUGUGGAAAUCAUUGUGCGACUUUAAAUAUUUUUCCGUUCGCUAAUGUUAUAAAUGCAUAAAUAGUACAUUUAAAUUAUUAUAUUUUAAUAUGUUAGGUACUUAAUACUAUUGUUAAGAUGAAUAAAAUAAAUUGAUAUGAUAUUAU